CUUUCUUUUGACAUUUCUCUACAGCGAAGUAAAAUAUUUUGUUUACCUUUGAAGCAAAGAAAACUUUCUGCGUGAAAUUGAACAUUUUAUACAUUUUCUCCUAUUUUUAACUAAUACCUGUGAUUGAUUGUGACCAAAUAGAUUGUGUUACAUUGUUUAUAAACGAUUCAUCUGCAGCAUGGAUGCACUGAGCGUGAUCGAAAAGCGAAUCGACAACCUUAAUCAACUGCUCGGUCCACUGCCAACCGACGAAAGCCAGUCGGAAAACUUAACCGAUGCCAUUCUGUCCGCCUCAUCGUUCCUUCCGUCGGCGAGCACCGGCCAUCUAGCGGACGGUGCCGCCCGUGGUGCAAUACUGGAAACGUUCAAGCGUAAGGACGAACUGGAAGCUUACCUCGAUCCGGCAUACCUGGAGGAAAAGCAGGACAUCAAGGCGAAGGAAAUGUACAUCAACACGAUAGCGAACGAUCUGGCCGGCACAUUCGAAACGCUGCAAAAGAUCAAAUCGCUCGAACCUACGCUCGGGGCCGAAUACUUUCGCAAUCUGCCCGACGUUAGUGAGCAGCUGAAAACGAUGACCACGACGGCGGGCGAACAGAAGCAGGCAAACGAACUGCUCGAGGAAAGUCUCGUCAUAGCGAUGCAACGUUACAGCGAGAUUCAGAGCGGGAUAAAGGAUUCGCUUAAAGCCAUGACCGAUCGGUUGGAUCAGCUGGAGGAGCGGCUAGUGCAGAAGAAAAAGCAGGAUAAGGAUAUUUAAGUAUAGGACACGCAUAAAUGGGGGCACACGAGUGUUGUACACUUAACAUUCGAUUGCUUUGUGCGCUGCUUGCAAUGAAAACGUUAAACGAUCGCUUAAUAUAAUAUACUAUUCAAACAAGGCGAGACGU